CUCUUCCCUAGCAGUUGAAACUCAAACAUACAAAAUCAACCUAGCUUGUGAACAAAACAAUGUAAAUAGCCAAGAAACACACGGACUAGUUGUCACUUCAAUAGUAUUUUUUCCCAAGUAAAUUAGAGCAAUUAUUUAUGCCUUGUGCACAGAAUAUGGAAAUGUAUCUUUCACUCCGCUCUUCACGUGAGAAAGGCCUGUAAACCAGGCAGUGUUGCAGCGCGAGGUGGAAUAGGCUAUUCAAGAUUCGUAGUUCUUUGACUUUGUGCGAUUAAUUUACCAGCUAUGAAACAAAACGGGAGAAAUACUCUGAAAACAGCUGAUGCAGCAUUUAUUUAACUAUACAUGUGAUCAUACUUGACAUUUUUUUUAAUUCACAAAUGCGAGUGAAAUGCUCGCACUGUGGAGCCAUGACAACCCGUCAACAUGGCUGGUGAAAUAGACAUCUUUACCCGCAAAUGCCAAAAUCUACACGCAGAUGGCGGGUGUUAAUUUUAGGCCCUGUAUAUCUACUACAAAGACAUGCAGUAUUUUUCAAAUUUCUGGUUAUAUUUAGUGCAGCUACAGUAUGACAUUAAGCUCAUUGUGAGCCACACAGAAAUACUAGAACAAACUCGUUUCUUCCAUAGAAAUAUAAUCACUUACUCAUUCUAGUUCCGUGAUAACUUCAUUAUCGAUGUUUAUUCUACAGUAUGUCACAUUGGUUACCGGAAACAAAGGGUUACUUUAAUGUUACUAACUCCCAACGCCAGCAGCUAACUUUCACUCACCAAUAUUUAAAGGUCCAACGCCAGAAACAGAAUGAUCUUGUUAACAUUCACCCGCUGAGAAUGAACACUUACCUAAUUAUCUUAUGCGUGCUGUCUGAAGCCGUCUCUGCCAACGUCGUAGCUAGAGGAAACACCAGUGUUGACUUCAAUGCCGAAGCAUCAUAUACCUGCACUCAUGCGGACCCGACAGGUGUGCUGCAAGUCACCUGGCAGAGGCUGUUCAAAGACGACUCGGUGGAGAAUCUGGCCACCUACAGCAAGCGGUUUGGAGCUCAAAUCAUAGACCCGCACCGAGGCAAGGUGGUUUUCACGGAAGCAUCUCUCAACUCAACGUCUAUUACCGUGAAGAACGUAACAUGGUCGGACGACGCCUGCUAUAUUUGUUCCUUCAAUGUUUACCCGAGUGGAUCAAUAAGCAAGCAGACGUGUCUUACCGUUCAAGGUUUAUCUGAAGUGAGAGCCACAAUGCAAAAAGUCCCCAGCACUGAACCUAAAGCAGACAUGGAAGUUGUGGUCAGCUGCUCUGCCACAGGUAAACCAGCACCUUGGAUCCAAUGGAACUUAUCUGCAGCAGCACUCAUAAAGACACCUAACAACUGGACUGUCAUUAACAAAGACCAAACUGUCACAGCCAAUAGCAACAUCACCCUCCAACUGUUGCCAGGCUCAGGGGGAUACGUGGACUGUAUCGUAAACAAUGGGAUGAGGACACAGAGACACGAGCGGGUCCUGCUUCCUAUUCUCCCUGGAGAGAGGGAGGUUGAAGAGGAUGACAAGAGCACAUCCCCGUGGGCGGUUGGCAUCCCAGUGUUCCUAAUCAUCUCCAUUUUAGUCAUCUGCGGCAGCGUCCUGCUUCAACAGAGAAAAGGGCUCUCUCAGUUGGUGAAAACACAGCAGGUUGUCACAGCAACCCUGGGAGAAGAUGCAGUCUUAACCUGUGAGCUCAUGACACUCAAAGACGUGCGGCAAGUCACCUGGCAAAAAGUGACAACUGUGACGAAUGAAAAUGUGGCCACUUACAGCAAACGUGGUCCCGAUGUCAACCUACCUUUUCAGAGGAAAGUGGAGUUUGAAGACGAGGGUCUGCAGAACUGCUCGAUUGUCAUCAGAGGAGUGUCAAGAGGAGACGAGUCCUGCUACAAGUGUCUGUUUAACGCCUAUCCAGAGGGAGCUAUCAGUGGAACCACCUGCCUCAAAGUCAAUGAGCUGUAUGGACCCUCACUCCUCAUCACACAAACCAACAACAGUCACACCACUCUGUCCUGUUCUGUUACUGGACGACCUGUUCCUACAGUAACCUGGGAAGACACAGAAAUUCUAGAAAAUUCCACAAUGGCCAAUGUCACCCAUCUCAAUGGAACUGUCACGGUCACCAUAACUUCUAUGCUGGCAGCAUUCAGUCUACCUGACAAAGACACCAGGGUUGGCUGUAUGGUAUCACUGUUCUCUGGAGGUGUCACCAAGAACGUAUCCAUGGUUAUUCCAGCUAGAACUCAAGCUUCAUUUCCUGAUGUACCUGAGGUCACUGAUGGUGACAGGAUCAGAGGGAUUGGUGCAGUGAUGGGUUCACUGUGUUUCAUUGCUGUGUGCUGUGGAGCUGCUGUGGCACUGUGGUGCAAACUGAGAAAUAAAACAAGAAGCCAAUGACAGAGAACAGGAAGAACCAUCAACACUCAACCCUCAACAUGAUGACCCUGAAACAAGUUAACAGUGUUUGUACUUACUGUAGGUAAUAGAUUAGAAAACAUUGAAUUGCUAUUCAGUAUCAAAUGCCCUCCCUGGAGAAUAUGUAACUGUAAAUACCCACAAUGCUGUUAUAUCAGUACACUACUACAACAUGAUCUGACUCUGAUCAGUAUCAUUGAUGUUAAUAUCUUUCAGGACCACAACAAUAUCCAGUACAUUCUAAAUGUGUUAGUACAACCUUAUUGGAUCAUCCUGAUAGUGCUUGAAACAUAGAUUGUAAAUGUUAGAGUCAUAUUUCCUACCCAGGAAAAUACUGUUUUUUGCUUUGAAAUUUUACUUUAGUUUUGAGAGAUGAGGUUUGUCAGUGAGGAAAUAUAUUAUAUUAGAACACAUGACCACCUACAAUUGACUUUAUGACACACCAGGAAGAAGACAGGGGAGAAUAUAUUUGUAUAUGUUGGCCUUCUAUUUAAUUGAACUUGAAUCCAUUUAAACAUGAUUGACACAAGUGCAAUGUGAGGUUUAUGUUGUUAUUAUUACAUACAGUACCUAUAGUGAUACAUGGAUGUUUUACCUCCUCUAUCAAUGUAUGAAUGUAUUUCAGCCCUUAAAGUAUAAUGGUGAUAACAAUGUGUUGCACUUUGAUUGUUUGAUAUAAUGUACCUUGUUCACUAGAUUUAAUUGUAUCACGUUUUAGUUCCUGUUUGUAUUUAUUCUGAUCAUGGAUGUUGUGUUUGACCCCACUAGAUUUAACACUGUUAAUAAAUCAGGUUAUUAUUCUCGCUU